AUGUCGUUGUACGAUAUAUUCGGUGAGGACCCAGUUGAAGAAAAUUCGAGCAAGGCAAGCGAUGUGAAGUCAGCGAAGGGAGUAUCAACUGGAUUACGAAUGUUACAAUCACAAAUACAAGCAAAAAAAUCGCAGUUAGCGCAGUCUCAGUAUGGCGAUAAAAAUGAAUUAUCGUUAAUUAAUUUUUUCAAGCGUAACGUGGUUACUCCAGUAAUUGAUUUAUCAGCGCGAAACCGUUCUUCAACAACCAGUACAAUUCUUAAGCCACAUAAGGCUAUUCCUAUCGGUGAUGGAUUUCCAUUAUCUUUCAUUCCAAAGUCGUUAAAGGAGGAUAAGGUUUUCCUUUUUGGUGAAAUACUUGUGGAAGACGAGUAUAAUCCAACAGCGCCAACUGAUUAUGCUGUUCAUAAGCAAAAAGCAGAUGAAAGGAAAGCUAAAGAGAAGCUGGCAAAAGAAAUAGCUGAACGUUUGAGCAGGGAACAUCAAGAGGAAGUCGCAAAGCGCAGCGCUGGUGCAGCUAUAGCACCACCGCAAAUUCUGAUGGAAGAAGAUAGUAAAAUCAAACCUUUAUCGCCUCCAAAUGUUGUGAACGAGAUGCCUCCCCCUUCAUUUAUUCCUUCAUUUGGUGGUGCUGGGAAAGGUCUUGGAGUCGCAGCUAAUAUAAUGACCAAAUUCGGUUAUAAGGAGGGUGCUGGUCUUGGAAGAACCGGGCAAGGAAUGAGUACUGCAUUAAAAGUGGAACGAUUAGGAAAGAAUUCAGGUGUUAUUGUCAACGAACAUGAGCAACUGCUGAGAGGUUCCGAUAGUCCUCCUCAGAUAGCUGACCCUGCUCCGAUUCCGGCUGUUAAUAUGGCUGAAGCUUUAAAACAGUCGACUCGUAUUCUUUUGUUACAGAACAUGGUUAGUGCAGAUGAAAUAGAUGAUCAACUUGAACCUGAAGUUCAUGACGAAAUGAAAAAGUAUGGCCAAGUAAAUAAAGUUGUGAUUUUCAGGAUUUUGAAUGCACGUGACGAUGAAGCAGUACGGAUAUUCGUUGAAUUCACAAAUGUUGCGCAAGCCAUAAAAGCCUUUGUCGAUUUAAAUGGUCGAUUCUUCGGAGGACGGUCAAUUCGAGCAUCUUUUUAUGAUCUUGAAGCAUAUAAUGCAAAUCAUUUUGAUCGAUAA